GGCGCUGUUUUCACGUUCUUUAGUCCGAUGGUUAAUUCCUUCGGUUUUUAAUCCCAUGAUUUUGACCCUACUGGGUAGAUUGUAUACUAUAUUUUUGAUAUACGCUUCUCAAUGAAUGAUAUUGCUAAGUUAUCAGGGAUUUAAACUACCUUGACUUGUUAGCAACUGUUCGAUUGGACAGAUUUCAUUCCGGAUCAAGCAGCAUUCGUACUGGUCCUUUUUUAAUACGAUAUUCUACUUUUCUCAACCACCUGCAAAGAAUUGCCAAUCAGUGUGGGCUUCAGCUAUCUUCAGGCCCAUGUUCUGGUGGAGGAAAUACAGCUGGAUCGCUAGUAUGGCGACUUACUUCCGAAUGUUUCGCAGUCAUAGUGGCCGCAACAAACAAUUCUAUUCCUGGUUCUGAUUCGACUUACAACAAUUUGCCUAAGCUGACGGACCUCAUUUCAUUCGCAGCAGUUUAUUUUGAGUUCAAUCAUGAUAAGGCCGUGCCUUGUCCGGAACUGGCAACUGAUCUCAGUAUGGGGAAAUACAGCUCGUUACUUCAGCAUGUAGAUAAUCUACUGACAAUAUAUGCAGUUCCAGGCGAUAAGAUUGAUAGGGCUCGGACCUAUUUGUGUUUACAGGCUCUUGAAAAGGACCUCAGCAUGUUGACUCAAGCAAUGAGAACUGACUUGGAAAACAAUACGGAUACCAUAAAUACAUUCAGACGAGCACCGAAUCAAAAACACGAUGUAUUUAGUAUGCGUGACCUGGUAAAUCACUCACUUGUUGGACACUUCGUUGGACGUACAGGAGGUCGAUUAGCUCGGCUUACAUACUUGGUCACAUCGGCACAAGCAAUGAUAGGCAAUGCAACUGGUGUAUUAAAAAAUAACUUACAAAUGAACUCAAAGGGUGUUUGUUCGACAACCAUUGGUUGUGGAUCUCGUGAUGGUUUAAUUGGAGGAUAUAUGGCACGUAUAGGACUUUGUCCUAGGCUAUCAUACGUUGAAGAUACCUCCACAGCAUGUCAAUCUGCAGUUCAGAGACUGCCGUUUAUGCCACUAGUUACACUACAAAAAGAUGCAUAUGGUAUGAGUGUCCCCCACUUCGCUCAACCAGAUGAGAUAAAGUGCAUUUCAAUUGAGGCAGAAUUUGUGCUACACUUGGAUCCUCCAUUACCAAUUUCGACAGAUGCUGUUCAGCAACUUGAACGGAUAACCGGUUUAAGUAAUACAGAGAUCGCGGAUCAUAAAGAAAAAGAUAUUGUCUUAUUGAUUCUCCAACAACACAAGCAAGAACACUUAUACGGGAUAAAUACUCAUUUACAAAAUCCAAAUCUUACGCAACAUUGCUACCGAAUUCAAAGUGAUGUCAAAGGUUAUCUUGUCAGCUGUGUUCCUUUCACUUGUUCUGAUCAGAUUGGUGAGAUUAUCUCUAUCCUUCGUAAACAAGCGUCGGCUUUGGCAUUUUAUGAAACGUUUAUUGUUCAUCCUGAUAAACCAGUAGAGAAAGAUACUGCAAUGACGUUUACAUUUAAUAUCAAAAUCAUGGCUGGUCAAAUGGUUUCACUGGAAUUUGAUGAUCCUAAGCAUUUUGGAGCAGAAAUUCAUGCUUCGUUACAUGUACGGCCAUUUGAUGUUCAGUGUGUAGAAUUCAAUCAUUCUUCCUACUUACUAAGUCACUUGAAUGAAGAAGAAAAACUAGUCACAUCGAAGAAGCUGAAGACAGAAGCUAAAAACAAUUUGGAAGCCAACUUCAGCAGAAUUCUUACGAAAACUCACACACUACCGAUUGGUUUAGCCUGGUUGUUAACUCAGCUGCGGUGUCCUAUUCAUAAACAGCUAGAGAAUAUCAAGUUACCUGUAAAUAAUCGAUACAAAACCCAAGAAAAUUCAUCAUCAGUUAGUCAAAAACAACUGAGCUCUUUAAAGGCAAUGCUUAAUCGUGUUAAAUCAUCAAUUAUAAUUCGAGGUGCUAAUGGUACUGGCGGUGUGCUUUGCGGUGGAGAUCGUAAAGCGUCGUUGGAUUUUGAAUCUUCGUCAUCAUUUGCAGCAGCACAGGUAUUCGCUCUGAAUACACCAAGCUAUUUGAAUGGUUCCAAGAAAAUCCCUCCCUUGCCUCCAGGUGUAAUGGCUACACCACCCCCAGCUUUCUCCCAUUUGGAUACGAACUCAGUUGAUCUAAGUAUGAUGUCAUCAUUGCGACCUAUGAGUUCUCAAAGCAAAUUUCGUGAUAUACCUUCUAAUCUUGGGUUAUCAGUUAUUUCAACAAAUCCAUCUCGUGGAUUAAGACUAGAUGACUUACUUGCUGACAGUGCAUUUCAAUCACAACAACAUGAUCAGCAACGUAAUCCACCAUCUGUAUCACUUUCUCAUCCAUUACCAAGUUAUGUAUCUCCUAUUCCUGGAACUCACACUGCUACUACAUUUUCUGAUGUAAAAGAUGCAUAUUCGGAAAUUAUUAGUCCUAAUACUUCUGUCUCGAAUAAUUCGUCAACCAAUAUGCAUUCCUCAUCUCAAAAGUGUUCAACAUCUAUCUUAUCUGCUCCUAAUAAUUUCACUCCAAGUUCAUACAAUAUUCCAUCUAUUUCUGUAACAUCCAAUUCGGUGACAUCAGGUUCACUAGCUGUAACGAAAUCAAAAAGUUUUACUGCUUCCCCGAUGAUCGAUAGCUCAAGAGCUCCACCAACUAGUGGAUCCAUGCUUGUCAAUCUUUUAAACGAAGAAUCACUUUCAAGUUCCGUCCCCCUCAUGUCUCCAUCCAGUUUAUCAGACCGUAACCUUUAUGCCUCCACUCAUUCUCUAAUAAAUCUUCAAAACACUUCCCUUCCUUCUGCUUCAAGCAUUGCAAAUACUCCUAGCAGUCGACUUCCUGGCGUAAUGUCUAACAAUCUGCAAACCACUAGUUCAGACACACAGUUUUCUCAAGGAUAUGGGAAAUCUCUAAGUUCAUCUGCACCAAACCUUACUGCAAAUACUUCUCAGUGUCUUCCUGUGUGUCAUUCCAAUUCAAUUACGUCUAGUGCUGGUCGUCCUAAACAUUCAAACAUAAAGCAUAAUCAAACUAGUCUGAAUGUCGGACCUACGGGUAAUCCUAAAAAGCCUAGGAAGCGACGUCGAGGAACAAUAGAAAGUGGUUUUCAUUGCGUUGGUAAUCAGAAAGUUAAUGCACCUAUUCCAUGUGUAUACACCAACUAUCCAACUUCAAAACAUCAACGCGUCGAUGCUGUUUCUUCUAAUACGACAAACUCUCUACCCCCAACUUACCAGCGCGCCAGCUUUAAUCAAGUGAAUCCAAAUUUAGUCUCAUGUUCAAUGCCGUAUGUUCAACAAAGUGUGAUACCUCCUACUAUGCAGAAUAUCAACAUGCCUAUACCUAAUCCUAGUAAAUCAGUCUAUGACUUCGAUGAUACUCCUGGUUCAAUGUUUGAUGUUCCAGUUGGUAAUAUAUCCUCUUCUAAUUCAUUGUCGUUUUCAAGCGGUUCCUCACUAACAAGUCCUAAAUCGUGUGUUCCUGCAAAUCCUCUGCAGUCCAGUGGUCUGACGGCCAGUAAUCCUAACCCAGUUGCAAAUUAUCCCACUACAACGUCUAUAACAUCGAGUUCGAACUUAGAACGAACUAUCGAACGUAAAACUAGUCUGAAAAUGACGAUAAAAACGGUACCAUCCCAACCAAUUACUUCAACUCCUAAAGCUGGAGUAAACUUCAGUCAGAAUGAAGUCGACAAAUACAACAGAAUCCAGUCUGGUCAGUCAAAUUCAACUCCUACUAGUGCAAUCGAUUCCGGGCGUACAACUCAUCCUACUCACUCUUUAGUUUCUACUAAGAAACGCAAAAAGCGGUCAGUAGAAGGGAAGCCGUCAGCCUAUAUGUUACAGAUGCUUCAGCUGGCUAAUUCUUCAUCAGUGAGUGGUUCCGAUACUUCUAUCACCACUACUAGUGCUGUUAUUAAUGCUUCUGAACCACCUACCCAAUUAACAACUCCUUUUGCGCUGAACAACCCUAGUUUAAAGCAUGUCAAAGGUGCCAACAAAUUAGUAGGUCACGGUUCUGUCUUAGUAAAAAAAGAACGUAAGAGGCGUUUAGGUCAUGGUUUUACUGAGAAGACUCAUUUUUCCUUAAUUCCAAACAGCAGCACUUUUAAUCAACUACAUGAAACCAGCGAAAAUCCAAGUGUACCGAAGCCAAUUAAAAUAAACCGUCUUUCUAAACCAUUAAAUGCAGAUACACCUAAAGAUAAUCAAAUUGGACCUGGAAUAAGCACUGGUUUGUAUACUAAUCCCAUAUCCGUGUCACCUAACUCUGUUUCAUCAAAGAAGAAAUUUUCCACAGCUAGUUCUACUCCACUUGUUCCCUUUAUCGGAAGUGGAUCUGGUAGUGAUGACAUGCUUGUUGCAAAACGAUUAUUUCCAUCAACUACAUCCUUAGUAAAUAGUGAAAAACGCAAACGUAAUGCUGACGCUCUAAAGCAGUCUAGUGUUUCCCAACCUAAUUGUAUUAGCUCAACUACCUCAAAUGAUGCUGCAUUUACAUCUUCUCCACAAUUUAUCCCUUCAAACCCAGAUUCAUCUUCUAAUGCUAAUCUAUCACGUAAAACACCUCGGUCUUCUUUGCACUCAGUAACAAACUCAUCACGAUUACCACAUACCUCUACAAAUCGACUUCAGUCUAGUCAACAAACUAAUACUUCGAAUUACUUAUCAAAUAAUUCAGCAUGUAUUACAACAAACAUAGUGUCCAACUCGACACCUAUCAAUGUUGUUGGUGCUUCAUCUGGUCUCAUUAAAGGUUAUAAGAUUCCGAAAAAGAAGUCUAUGUCCGCUGAAUGCCUACCUAAUAUGUCUCUAUCUGAUGUGAAUAGUGAUAAGUCAUCUGGAAUACUAUCUUCUACAAUUCAACAAAUACAAGAAACUCUGUCUACUUUUCGCGAUACACUGGAUUCUCAGUCACCUGAAAAAUCUAAUGAAUCAAGUUUAACUAUUGUUGAGAACUUGUUCUCAAGCUCAAGUGAUCCUAAUAUUGAGUGCGCAGAUAGAGUAAGUGUAACCAUAUACAAUGAAAACAUUAAUGAUCCGGAAAACAAUAACAGUGAUGGCUCCUCAAUCACAUCUGAUUCCCUUUCAAACUUUCUUCCUAAUAAUGCUGACAGUUGUUUACAAUCUGUUUCUCAUACAGUGUCAUCGCAGUCUAAUAUAAGCGCUUCUAUGCAAAUUGCGCAGUCAUCUCAGCAACAGUUACCACGUAAAUCUGUUAAAAGUAUCAGUGACAUUGUUGAUAAACUGCGAGCGAAAUCGACUACUAGUAUUUCUUCAGUUAUCAAUUCCGCAAAUAUAAAUGGAUCAUCUGAGAUAGGAAAUUCAGAAGUAACAACAGUCACUGCAUCCGAAGUUCAAGAUUCAGUAUUGAGCUCAAACUUGACUGAUCAUGCUUGUUGUAUUCGUAGUAUACCUAGAAAGGAUGAUGAAUCUCAGGAUCAAUGGAGAGAUAAUAUUUUUGAAAAUUUUGUCCUAGUGGAGCACCAACUCCACAUCAGGUGGAAAAUGGUCAGAAUGGUAUGUGUAAGUUGGAUUCUGAUGUUGACUUAGUGAUAUCGAAUAAUGUCAUUGAGGAGUCUGUAUCGAUUGAAGGCGAUAAGGAACCAUCACUUGUUGAUACAAGUGAACGAAGUUUACCUCCAAGUAAAGCAAGUACUCCUGGACUCCCUUCAAAUUUUCAUUCUGCCUCGGAUUCCGACGCAAAGCAAGACACUGAACGAUUUGAGGUCAUUAAAGCUAAUACAGAUACUCCAGCAUCGCCUACGGAAUCUGUGGCCACUGUUUCAACGUCCAAUCCGAAUAUAUCAAGUAAGAUUAUUCCUAUAUCUCCUACAAGUGGAAAGUAUAUUAGUUCCACGGGAUCACUCCCUGUUCCCAAUAUGAAACCCAACGUGAUCCGACAUAACUCUGCACGUUUUGAGAAGAAAGCUGGGGCUGGACGUUUCUCUCGAUUAGGUGGGAAUGGAAUGACGCUUCAUGGAGGCCUUAUGCAACGCAGCAAUUCUGAUAGUUACAAUCAUGCUAGCGCUGGACAUGGUCAUCCAAAUCGUUUGUUACGCGGUGGAUUAAAUAACCCGGUAAAUUUUGUAGCCUUUAUUUGCAUAUAAAUUUCCUUCCACUCAUUAUUUAAUGACUUCACUAUACUUAUAACGCUAAAUAAGCUCUAUUCUGCAUACUUAAGGAAACAAUAUACUUUAUUCUAUUACUUUUAUCAUUCUUUUCAUAUCUACUACGUUAACGGGAACAAAACAAUAAUGCAGAAUAUAUUAUAAGAUGAAGGGAUGUAGACAUCAGAAGUCACUAUUUAACCUAUAACUUUUAAGAGAAAUUUAGCUUAUAAAAAAUGAGUGUUUACAUAUGUCUCUUUCGUAGGCAUUCAAUAUGAAAUGAAAGUAUUUUAUGACUGGUUCGAAAAACAGCCGAAAACAUCUUUGAGGCUAAUAUAGACAAUGCAAUCAAAUAGCUCAUAUUGUUAGAUAAAGAAACUUUAAGUCACUGGGAAGUGGCAUGAAACCUUGGCUAUUGAUCCAUGCAUUCCCUCUCUUCAUAAUCAUAAAUAGUGACUUCUUGUCCUUUAUACGUGUACAUGUCAACACAACCAAAACAUUUAUGGAAUAUUUGUCACGAUGUAAGUUUUACACGUAAUUGCGACAAAAGAAAGUUAAUUGAUGCACAACGAUACUUAAUUGGUUAGUCAAAUGGUACUACUAAUCUUUUUCUCUGUAUUCGAUACUGACAGAUACUUGAUACUGGGAAGGGAUAAGCUGUCUAUCGAAUGUAAUAUGAUAUUAUUGAUAGAAUCAAGCAUUAAAGCAACACACUUUACACGAAGUAAGCAAAUAAUAAAUUGAAAUAAACGUGGAUAUUUGCAAAGUAAGACUGUUGUGUUCCCUGACUGAUCGCUCUUUCAUAUAACAGAAACUCCAGUAAAGUACGCUCACUGGAAAAUAGACAACCUUAAGCAACUAUAUAUACUUAAUACUUAAAAAUGAUAUUCAUAAGCCCUUAGAGUCAGUCUUUUGAGACGUGUACCUUUGUUUUUUACUUUUACCAGUGGAGGUAGUUUUAUGUAAAUUUAGUGUAGUUUACCGAAAAUGUAUCUUGAUCGUUUCUAUCACAGUUUGUUGUUUCAUUGCUGAAUAUACUAAAUCAGGUAUUAUAAACUCAGACAACUGGAAUCCUAAAUUUUUGGCCAAAUUAUUUCAUUGAGAAAUAUGGAACUGGUUUGGGGAAAUAAACUCGUUAUCCGGUCCGCAUCAACGUUGUUUGAAUAUUGAAAUCCUUUAAAAAAAAAUAUAUGCCGUAAUACUGUAUCUUUUCUGAUCUCAUCCUUUGUUUUUCGAUGUUAUUCGAAUAUUGUGCUCAUUAAUUUCUUACUUUAUCAUACUUGUUUAAAUGCAAACAUAAUGAGUGUUGUAAGUGAAAGUAUUUAUUCAGUAUGCUUACUACUUAAAUAUAUAAGUCUUUAUCAUCUCUUCAUGCUCGUUGGCCUUAUUCGAUCCAGAAUGAAUUUUUUUUCAAUAACUUAUCGUUAAUUUUUACAUUUAGUUUUCCCUCUUGAGUGUUGAUCACUGGAAUUCAGUGUUGAAUUGUGUUGCAGUUUGUCUAGACACAGAAAAGAUACACCAUGGACAAUCAUAUACAUAACAUUCUAAAAAGAAAAAAGAAUUACAUUUUAAUAAAUUUUAGGAAGUAUGGAAAGUGUAACAGGAUUACUGGUAUAUUUCAGGGUCUUCCUAAAACUCUAGGUAAGAUGAUACGACAAGCCUAAAUUGUAUUUAAUUCAGAUGUGAACUAUGGAAAUCAGAUGUUCAUUUCAGGCAAUACUAGGCAGUUAGAUAGAUGUAAAGAUCAAUAACAAAGUCUUCGUGUAAUUAAUAAACUAUUGAUAGAUCACUUUAGAAAGCAAGACCAUUAGUAAGGAAAUUCAAUCAAGAGAUCCAUCUGAUUAGUAGCAUGCACUUCCAAUGCAUAGAUAUCUGUAAUAUGUUGACAAAAAUUUGCAUUACUACUAAAGUCGUAUAGAGUGAAUUAUCCAUCAAAAGGGAUUAUAAUAAGUUUUGAUACACUAUGUUUACUGUACACUUUUAACUUAUGUGUUUAGUCGAAUGAUAAAGUAAACACGUAGUAAAAUUAUUUGCGUUAAAAUAAAAACAAAAAAAACCCAGUUAGUCAGUCAAUGCCUAGAUACUUUCACUAUUAGGUUCAAUUUAUUUGUAAUCAUGUCCAAAUAUACCUGGUAAAAUUUAAUCGAAAAGUUCACUAGUUUAAUCUUACUAAUAAUUUUAAUGACUAUCAUGAUAAUAGCAAUAUCAGUAAAUAGUAUACAAGCUGUUACAAUCUCCUUUUAGGGACAGUGGCACAAAAACAGAGUGAGUAAUGAACCAGUUUUUCGAUACUAACCUAUAAUACUAUAAUUUCAUGUUAUAGAAAAAAUAUAUGUAUAUGCUUAAUAAUUAAUUAUAAAAUUUUCACAGAGUUAUACAUUAAAAAACGUUUUCAAACUUAUCAGAUUCAGUAUUCCUUUUUCAAAUAAAUAAAUUCACCAAUUAAUCUAUCAAAGCUGUUAUGAAUCAAUAAACUUUAAUCGUGAAGCUUUCAUUGUCUUUCCAAACAACACCAUCAGCACCAACUUCAAUAUGAAGUGAGUUAUCAGAAUUUCUUCGUAAGUGGUUUAGUAGCCUGUCCUGAUAAAGUCACAUGUGAUUGGUAAAUUACUUUGAUUGUUCACAAUUUCCCGCUGGUUGUCGCUGCCGGACCUCUCACCUCUUGGUUGUUUAUUAUUUUUCUUAUUUGUUGUUGGUCCCGUCGCUAUACAGCUGUUGACUCUAGUGCCAAGCUUCUGGAUUAUCCUACUAUACACACAUAUGUCUACUAAGAUCGCUUGAAAUUGACCUUGCGUAUAAACCCACAAAUUCUGUCCAAGUUUUUUUAUGCAGACCAAAGAAUGCAACAACCGAAGAAGACAAACUAAAUGUAUAGAGAAUCAACUGCAAUAACUGUGAUAUACGCUACAUCGAAUGAACAUUACUUGUCUACUAAACGGAGCGACAUUUCACACUUAAGUCAAUGCAUGUGAACAACUUUGGAUGUGAAUUCGAUUUUGAAAAUGUGAAGAUAUUGGACAGAGGAAACAAAGUACCACAGAAUUUCUAAAAGCUUGGUAUUCGUGUCAGUCAGCAAUCAAUAGGUCUGUUAACAUAGGACCAACCUAUCAACGAAUCAGGAAAGUUAUAAACAACCAACAGAUAAGUGGUCAGGCACUGACAACCAAACACAUGUCACCUUGUUUGGACGAGCCACUACAUCACUAACGGAGGAGUUCUGAUAACUCCAUAUUUGAGCUAAUGAUGUUCUUUCGAAAGACAAUGAGAAGCUACUGUCCAGCUUAAAAAAUGCAGCAGCACCGAAAUUGGUAUCUGUCUAUGGACUCCAUUUAGGUGGUGACAUCAUCGAAUAUCUAAAUCACCCCACCUAGGGUAUAUACAAGUAGCUAAACUAAAUAAAGAAAUUGAAAAUUCACUCCAAAACAAUAAUUCCUGAAGCUAGGGCUGCUAUAAUUUCGCUAAAUAACUAUGAAAAAUUACGUCCAAAUUAUUUGUUUAUCAAAAGUUUGUUAUAAUUUGUCCUUUGGGUUCCUGGUGGAACAUAGGGCUUCAUUAGCACGUCGCCAUUUCACUCUCUUCUCUGCAGUCUUUCCAACCUGGCUCCACCACACCCCACAAGCCUUCAUUUCUUCAUCACACCAUCUCCUCCAUGUCACCCUCGCCUCGGACGCCCAACUCAUCGUUUCACAUUUGGGUUCCACUCGAGGGCUUGGCUUGGCCUGGUCUUGUCUGGCCUGGCCUCGAUUCGUGAUGUCUUCAAGCGAUCUUCUCAGUAUAUGCCCAAUCCAAUCCAUCUCCAAUUUCUUCUGAAUAUUCGUUGGGCGAUAGGUUCUUGGUUGGUUGGUUGGUUGGUUGUCAGACCAGGCCAGAGUUCCUUGUUGCUCAUUCUUAUUAUUCUGGCCAUCUACCUGAUCUUCAGUAUCGAGCGAGCGUAGACGACAGCUGUUCAUGUAUAUCUCUAGUUUGUAAGGUAUGCUUUUCGUAACGUGCCAAGUCUCUCAACCAUCCAUCACAUAGAAGCACUGACUUGACUGAAUUAUUUUUGAAAAUCCGCAUCUUGUUCACGCUUUAUGCUGAGUGGAGUGCAGUAGAUCUCCACACUGAUUACUUCAGAUCAAUGAUGGUCUGUCUUGCUGUCUUUUCGAUCCUGGCUUUGACAUCCUCAUCUGUGCCACCUGUAGUAGGUAGUUUGAUUUACUAUAAAUACAAUAAAUCAUACUGUCUCAUACCUAUAAAAUAAUAGAACUAGAGUUGAAUUAUACUCUACCAGUGCCCAAAGUUUAAUGUCGUAUAAAUAAUUUACUUGGAUUUUAUAUUCUGUUUAGUUCAGUAACAACGGUUAAAGCCGAUAAUAUGUUGUUUUCGUUGUUUAUUCAUAAAACAUACUAGCACUUUACAGUAUGAAUCGUUCAAUUUAACUUUCCUUUGAAAUUAUUUUAAUAUAGUCAUAAAAAAAGCAUGUGACAGCAGUUAUUUAUAUCAAAUUGGUGUAUGAUAUAUCCUCAGCUUGUUUUAUAGAUGAUUAUCUAUCCUUUGGUUUGCUUUUGAUUCUCAGUUGAAGUGUUGUUUUCCCCUUUGAAUUCCAAUGAGUGUACUUAGUUUGUAUAUGAAAAAGCGUAAUCCAUAAUAAGCAUUUUAUCAUAUUUUGCAUACUGUUUUCUGUAGCAUCAUAGUAAAGCCCCAAAUUUUAAACCCCCAUCAAAUUGGGGUCCAGUAAACAUGGAUUACAAUAAUAUUGGUGUUUCAUCGUCUUCGUCGUCCUCUUCUGCUCCGGUUUUAAAUGAUGUUAGUAGUGGGAAUAUGGGUCAUUGGAUGAUGAAUUCUGGUGGAAAUAUUAAUCAAGGCAAUCCGAAUGUAAUGCUUUAUAAUAAUCCACAUUCUAUGCCACAUCAUCCUUAUCAUUCCACAGCCAAUAGAGCUAUGCGACCAAAUUUUGGUAUAGGUGGAAAUUCAGGACACAAUCUAUAUAAUACUGGUAUGAUGCGUGGAAUAAGAAAUAACCCCUAACUUUCGAAAUGUUUAGUACUUAAAACCAUUAUAUAUUCUCGCUUUUCUUUCACGAAGUGAAAUUUAAAAAAAAUUAUUUGUACUUCUAUCUAGUUCAUUUUUAAGUGUACCGUGUUUCAUUCAAAUAUUGUUACACAAUGAACUUCCUUGUGAUUUUUAUCCUUUGUACAUUUUACUAUAAUUAAUCAAUUAUUUCAUUAUUUUUGUGGUCAUUAGUCUCCUAUCCUUAGAAGUCAUCCAUAUACAUUAAUAUUAUAACUUUCAAAUUGGUUUUAUUGUAAACAGUGAAGUGAUGAAUUCCCUAAAACUUGACUAAUUAAUCUGUUAGAGUUUGUUCUAUUGUACAGUGAAAGAAUCAUUGUGAGCAUAAUUUCGUUUACUAGUACUUGUUCUCAUCAACUAUUUUCACUUUGCUUUGAUUUGUCCUCUGUUUUUUCGUCACCCUCAACUGUCUUUUAAAAAUAUUUAUUGUUAUUAUUAUUAUCCCUGUUUACUCAUGUAAAUACUCAUGAAUGCAAAUUGAUUGUGAUAUUUAUUUUUAACUCAAUCAUAUCCAUGGACCACUGGUAAUUUGAAAAGUUGCCUCAUAAGAUGAGGCAAGCAAGUUAUUUAGAAUAACUGAUAUUUAUUUAUAUUUUUUCAAAUAAGUUAUUCUUGCAACUCCAAAUUGACUGAUAUUGGAAACUAUCGACUCUUGUGUCACUUCGCACUAACUUAUUUGUAAAGUUUUCAUUACAUGGACGUCGAUAUUUGCAGUUGCAACGUCAAUAUAUUAUAUAUAUGACUCGAAAAGCAACUGUUCUUCAAAACAUUUACUGUCAAUAACCAGCCAACUGAUGUUGGUUCCUCAUGCAAACUACUGUGGGUAGAAUUUCUCCGUCAACUGAAGUUAUUGAUCGAGAGCUUUACCGAAACUCCAUUUCCUUAGCCAUAAAUAUUUACAGAUUUUGAAUUAAAUCGAUUUGCGUACCGUUACAAUGUAUUUAUAAUCGCUUGUAUUAUACAAAUAAGAUAAAUGUUUCUGAUAAAUAUAUUAAUUUUGCUUACA